UCUGCGAGUCUUUUGUUCCGAAUCAAUCAAAAAACGAGGAAGACGGACAGACAUAAGUAGAGCAUCUGAAUCAGGAAAUCUACUUGCUUAAUAAACGCAUCUUUCAGCACAACCGUCCAAGCCGCAGCCAUUUGAUACAACACGUCUAUAUCCCGCCAACUUAUUAUAUUUGUAUUUAAAGUAGAGGAGGGAAAGUUUUACUCAGGAUUUUGUACUAUGCCACGCAAGAAGCAGACCGAUGUGUCUGGGAACGGUGGAUUGAAGAGAAAAAGGGGAGGUGGAAAGAAAAAGGAAAGGGAGUUUAGCAGUGAUGAUGAGUUUGAUGACUUUGAACAAGAAAACACAAAGAAACCUGGGAAACCAGCAGCUAAAGCGGGUCUGCAGCCGGUCACUGUGGCUGAUGAUGUGAAGGAGAAGAUUAAACUUGAGGUUCCCAAAGUCAAAGGUCAGCUGCUUGUUUUUGGAGCCACCAACUGGGACCUAAUUGGCAGGAAAGAAGUGCCAAAACAGCAAGCUGCUUAUAGGAACCUUGGGCAGAAUCUGUGGGGUCCCCAUCGCUAUGGGUGUCUCAAUGAUGUUGAGGUUAGCUGUGUGGUAUCUGGUCCCUGUGCUGCCCACAGUCUCAUCAUCACCACAGAGGGCAAACUCUGGAGCUGGGGUCGCAAUGAUAAAGGGCAGUUGGGUCAUGGAGACACUAAACGAUUGGAGGCUCCAAAACUAGUAGAGGGCCUGGGGGAGGAAGUGAUAGUAGCUGCUGCUUGUGGUAGAAACCACACCAUGGCUUUAACAGAAAAUGGUACUGUCUACACCUUUGGAGAAAACAAACUGGGUCAGCUAGGUCAGGGCAAUCAGACAGAUGCUGUGCUCAGCCCUGCUACAAUCCAGUACAACGGGCAGCCAAUAGUCAAAGUGGCCUGUGGUGCAGAGUUCAGUAUGAUUGUGGACUGCAAGGGGAACCUUUAUUCAUUCGGUUGUCCUGAAUACGGCCAACUUGGGCAUAACUCAGAUGGAAAGUUCAUCGCUCGUGCCCAGCGCAUUGAGUUUGACUGCGAGCUCAUCCCUAGACGGGUGGCUAUUUUCAUUGAGAAGACCAAGGAUGGCCAAGUGCUUCCUGUGCCCAACGUCGUGGCUCGGGAUGUAGCAUGUGGUGGCAAUCACACGCUGGUGUUGGAUUCCCAAAAGCGUGUUUUCUCGUGGGGAUUUGGGGGAUAUGGACGACUAGGCCAUGCUGAACAGAAAGACGAAAUGGUCCCACGAUUAGUCAAGCUCUUUGACUUCCCAGGCCGUGGAGCAAGUCAAAUAUACUGUGGCUACCAGUGUUCCUUUGCUUUGAAUGAAGCGGGUGGUCUAUUUUUCUGGGGAGUGACAAAUACGUCCCGUGAGUCCACCAUGUACCCCAAAGCUGUGCAGGACCUGUGCGGAUGGAAGAUUCGCAGUCUGGCCUGUGGGAAGAGCAGUAUUAUCAUUGCAGCUGAUGAUAGCACCAUUAGCUGGGGACCAUCGCCCACAUUUGGAGAGCUGGGCUAUGGUGACAACAAACCCAAGUCCUCCACCACUGCUCAAGAGGUCAAAACUCUGGAUGGAGUGUAUUCAGAACAGGUGGUGAUGGGUUAUGCGCACUCCCUGGUUAUAGCCCGACAAGACACAGAGCAGGAGAAGGAAAAGCUCAGGAAGCUGCCCGAAUACAACCCGCGAACACUCUGAUUGGACCCCUCUGAUUUUUUUUUUUCAAUGGAAUGCCUCUGUUCACUAGGUCACCUGGGUAAUCACAAUUUGGUUGGGGUGAGAUUGUUUAUUGUUCUUUUUCUUUUUGGGGGGUUCAUCAAAUUACAUUUUUGAAAGACAAUCCACCUGUCGGAUUAAAGUAUUGAAUAAGUUGCAUUAACUGAUAUGUGUUGGCUGGGGUGUUUCAGAAUGGUAAUUGUGGCGUCACACGCCAGUUUUAAUUUCACAACAAAACCAGCAACUGCUCCGAGCACUCGGGAUUCCACUGGAUCCAUCCCCUUUACUUAAACAUUCCUAAUGGAAGUUUAUCACAUAUUUUGUUUUGUUGUUUAUUUUACGUAACUUUUACUGUGAGAUCUAUGUCUGCUCUCUUCCAAAAACUGGUGCUAAAUCAUUCUAAUGCAGACUUAAACUUAAAGACAAACUCACUCCAUUCUUGUGCCUUUUUAAGUGAGAUGAUUCAGGCUGAGGAAGUUCAGUUAGUCCUAUGACAUCUCAAGUGUUAUGGGGCACUUCACCUUUUAAACAUCACUUGCAUUACUUCCAGCUGCAUGUUUUCAUCACCAUCGAUAAGAACAUAAUUUUCCUCAAGUCAAGUGGCUAAUCGGUAAGAUUUUUUCCCCCGUCUAUUUUAAGAUGCUUACUUCUGUUAAUCUAAUCAGGGAAGUAUUUUCAACUCCUGCAAUGCAAAUGAGACAUCAGCUGUGAGAUUUUUUUUUUUAUUAUUAAAUUCCUUCUCCCUUUUCUAGAAAUCCAAGUCAUAAAUGUUCAUGCCCUUUCUAGUGAUGUAAACUACAUAAACGCUGUUCUCGUGUUAAUGUUAGCAUGUUUUGGAAAUAAUGGACUUGAUGUUGAGAAGAGUAGAUUGUCCAUCAUCAGGGACCACAAUGUCUUUAUGGAGCAUUUUUUCAUGCAAUAUAUUAAAUACUGUGCCAUUUCUUUGUGUUCAACUGGGAUCACAUUAUCUUAAGUUCAUACAAGAGUCCCAUCCAGUUUGUGGGCGAGCGACAAGCUUUUUAAAUUGUGUACUUGCAAGAAAUGUGUUCAUUUGUUUAAGCAGUAUAUGUCCAGGAACUGGAAUUUAAACUCCUAUUUUGAUUUGUAAAAUGUUAUUUUGUUUUCUUCAUAUUAAAUAAAGCUUCAUGAAAGUUGGUA